ACGUUAAAUUAGAUUUAGACUAAACCCUCUCUAAGUCUCUGUUCUUUGUUCUCUUUUCUCCAUUCUCCCUCUCGACUCUCGAAAAUGGAGGUGGUUAUGGCAUCAUCUUCUACAGACGGCGGCGUAGGUUGCUGGGACCUACAAACAGGCGUCGAGCAACUCCGCUACAAAUCGUGCUUGUCUCCCCCACACGGUCUUGUUUCCGUCGGCGGCCGCUUCUUCGCCUCCGCUCAGCUCCGCCAAUUCUCCACUUUCGGCUCCAUUCUCUACUGGUCUUGGCAUAAGCCUCAGCCUGAAGUUAAGAGUUUUCCGGCCGAGCCGAUAAAACCUUUGGUGUCGAAUCGUGAGGGAACUUACCUCAUUGGAGGUGGCGCUUCUGGCGAUGUUAUUGUUUGGGAGGUUUUCACUGGUAGAUUACUCAAGAAGUGGCAUGCGCAUUAUGGGGCAGUCACUUGUUUGGCAUUGUCAGAUGAUGAAUCGCUGCUUAUUUCUGGCGCAGAAGAUGGAGGUGUUAGAGUUUGGUCGCUCUUCAUGAUGUUUGAUGAUGCCAGAAGAAAGGAAGCUAGGCAUGAUUACGUGCAUAGUUUCAGGGAUCAUACUUUACGUGUUACAGAUGUUAAAUCGGGUCAUGGAGGAUCUAAUGCUAUCAUUAUUUCUGCUUCAGAGGAUCAAACCUGUAAGGUAUGGAGCCUGGCAACAGGAAGAUUAUUGCGGAACAUUGUAUUCUCAUCUGUUAUCGAUGCGAUUGCAAUUGAUGUGGGCGAAUAUGCUUUUUAUGCUGGUGGAAGAGAUGGCAAGAUAUACAUUGCUGAGCUCAAUGCUUUGACUAGGUGUAGCACUGACUAUGGGAAGCAUAUUCUCGGCUUUCUAACUGAUUCAAGUAGGGCUGUUACCUCUCUAGCAUUCUGUGCUGAUGGAAUCUCCUUGGUUUCUGGAUCAGAGGAUGGCAAGAUUCGCAUAUGGGAUACUAGAACUCGUAAUAUUGUUCGCAUGUUCAGACAUGCUAAAGGUCCAGUGACCAACAUUCUGGUGACUAGGCUCUCAGAGAGCGUAUUGAAGUCCCAAGCUACGGUUGGAAGGAGGACCUUAUUUAUGCCUCCCUCACUUGAAAAAUAUGCAAAUUCAAGUGAGGAACUUGUGGGGAUAAAGGCUUUUCUUGGUAGUGACAACUCUUCUAAUCCAGUUGGUGUUUCUUACCUCACUGAACAGGUGUUAAAUAAGCAAAUCCAGGAAAUUCAGGAACAAGGCUCGGCUACUGCAGCAGAAAUGGAAGUUGAGCGACUAAAGCAGGAAAACAAGAGGGCAAUGCAGAUGGUCCAGCAAUGGAAGAACAUGUAUGACAAUUUGCAUCAGUUUUGUGUAAAUGAGCUUGUGGAUGACAGUCAAGCUAAGCUUAGUAAUAUCAGAUCCAGUUGAGAUGUUGCAAAAUCAUGUGAAGGUAGUCCAGCAAUGGAAGAAAUCUGGUGCUAAUUUGCAUCAGUGUUGUGUGAAUGAGCUUGUGGACUAACACUCAGAGCAAAACAUAGUACUAGAAAAUCCGGUUUAGAUAUUGCCAGUAUGUUUAUUUCAGCAGGUUCCAAGUUUUGUAGGCUAUGUUGAUCUCCGCAGUAUGCAUUUGUAGCUUUUGAGGUAUAUUAAAAUUUUGCUAACAGAUCAAAUUUAGUUUAUGUUAAUGUGGACUUUUUUUUAA